GCAACUACUGACGGCAGAUGAAAUCCUCGGAGUGGCAAGAAAUCCUCCCCGGAUCGGCCCAAACGCGGGCUCGCGCAGCCCUCCCUGCGCUUGGGGAGCAGAUCCCAUUUGUGCCGGACCCAACGGCGACAGCCCAUCCGUGCCAAGGACGCUGCCCGCUCGGCUGCCCGGGGUCCUGGCUGGGCGCAAGUGGGCCAAACCUGAGACCUGGGUCAGCCUGGCAGGAAAAUGCUAUUUUGAACUAGGCUCCAGUGUGGACAGGAAAUGACCUCUCCACAAAUCCUGCUGCUUUAAAAGCUCAAAGCCAAGGCCGAGCAGGAGUGUCUCCCCGGUGUCCCUCUUUCCCCUCCCUCCCUCCUUCCCUCCCUCCCUCUCGGGCUGGCUCCCUCCCUCCCUCCCUCCCUCUCCCCGGAGCUGGUGCUCUCUCGCCUCCCUCUCUCCCUCCUCUGUCGUGCGCUCUCUCGCUGGCUCGCUCUCGCUCCCGUCUCCUGCUCUCUCCGCCUCUGCCUCGGCUCCCCCAGCAGUUUGCAGUCAGUGUGUCUCGGCGGCUCCGUGUGUGCGUGUGUGCGCGUGUGUGUGCGCGCAGCUACUUUGUACUGGGAAGAACCCCCAGCCCAUGUGCUCUGCAUGGAUGUUGGUGCUACUCUCUGUAGCUUGAUUUCCUCCAAGCAGCCAAGAUGUCCAGCACACCACAUGACCCCUUCUAUUCUUCUCCUUUCGGCCCAUUUUAUAGGCGGCACACACCGUACAUGGUGCAGCCCGAGUACCGGAUCUAUGAGAUGAACAAGAGGCUGCAGUCUCGCACCGAGGACAGUGACAACCUCUGGUGGGAUGCCUUUGCAACAGAAUUUUUUGAAGACGAUGCUACAUUAACCCUUUCAUUUUGCUUGGAAGAUGGACCAAAGCGAUACACAAUUGGAAGGACCCUGAUCCCCCGCUACUUCAGCACUGUCUUUGAAGGAGGUGUGACAGACCUGUAUUAUAUUCUUAAGCAUUCUAAGGAGUCGUACCACAACUCAUCCAUCACGGUGGACUGUGAUCAGUGCACCAUGGUCACCCAGCACGGGAAGCCCAUGUUUACCAAGGUGUGCACCGAGGGGCGCCUGAUUUUGGAGUUUACUUUUGAUGAUCUCAUGAGGAUAAAAACGUGGCACUUCACCAUUAGGCAAUACAGAGAAUUAGUCCCAAGGAGCAUCCUAGCCAUGCAUGCACAAGACCCUCAGGUGUUGGAGCAGCUGUCCAAAAACAUCACCCGAAUGGGGCUGACUAACUUCACCCUCAACUACCUCAGGUUGUGUGUAAUACUGGAACCAAUGCAAGAACUGAUGUCGAGACAUAAAACUUACAAUCUCAGCCCCCGGGACUGCCUGAAGACCUGCUUGUUCCAGAAGUGGCAGCGCAUGGUGGCCCCGCCAGAACCCACAAGGCAGCCAACCACCAAACGGAGAAAAAGGAAAAACUCCACGAGUAGCACUUCCAACAGUAGCGCUGGGAACAAUGCCAACAGCACCAGCAGCAAGAAAAAAACGCCUGCUGCCAACCUGAGCUUGUCAAGUCAGGACGUGAUGGUGGUAGGAGAGCCGACUCUGAUGGGAGGAGAGUUUGGGGACGAAGACGAGAGGCUCAUCACCAGGUUGGAAAACACCCAGUACGACGCGGCCAACGGCAUGGAUGACGAGGAAGACUUCAACAAUUCCCCGGCCCUGGGGAACAACAGCCCGUGGAGCAGCAAGCCCCCGGCCGCCCCCGAGACCAAAUCGGAAAACCCGACCCCGCAGGCUUCUCAGUAGGCUCCCCUGCCCCUCAUCCAGGCUACGUGCGCCGGUAGCUUUCCGAGCAUCCACUUAUCAGACCGGGCGGGGAGGGGGCGGGGGGACCUUCCACACAGAUAUCUAUUUCUAAACUGCAGCUCUCUGGUUUUCGGUUUUGCUUUUUAAUUGAGAGGAUCGAUUCUGAACUUGCUUCCAUUGUCCAUUUCUUGGAGGCCGUCACCCAUGACACGGAUACUGGCACUGACCUCGAUUCGAAUUAUUGAAAGCGAUCUUUGCCUCCUGGCAAAUCUUUAACAGUGUUUUCGGUUAAAUUUUUUGCUCAUAUCAGAUGAAGGCCAUAUUGUCAAGAAGUCCUCAGUGCUCAGGAGCUCAUUAAUUAUGCUCAACAUAAUGACGGAUGACUUUUUAAUAUUGUAAAAUAUUUUCUGCUUUUUGACUUGCACCUGAAAGUUUCUUGUUUCAGAAAGAAAGGAAAAAAAAAUCAGCUUUUGGGAAGUAACUGAAAUGUAACUUUCGUUCUUUUGUUCCGUCUUCUCUCAUUGGUUAACCCUUGAAAGGAUCCAGCAGUUUUAAUUUCUGUCAUCGCUCAUGCCUUCAUGUCAUUCAUGUCAUGUCAUCACUAGGCCUUCAGUCAUUUAUACGAGUACUGAAACAAGAAAUGUCUUUUUUUUUUCAUCAAAGACAUGAGAAAUAUUUUUAUGUGGAGAAAGACACCCAGUCCUAUGAGAGUUUAUGCUUUGUAAAAUUGCUGUUGAUCCAAAUAUUUUCAAGCCAUGUAAUCCAUUGAUUUUGUGGGCCGUUUAAUAAAAUUGGAAACUUUGGUGUUUUUAUUGUAUCUGAGUUGGCUUUAUUUCCUUUCAUAGUAUAUUUCUUGUAUAAUAUUUUUGUAAAGCCCUCAAAAGUUUGGGGUUCUUUUUUUGUUUGGGUCUUUUUCUUUUUGGGAUCCCAGUGUAUUUAUGUGAAACUUUAUAAGAGAACUAAUUUUUCAUUUACAUAUUAAUAUGUUCAGCUACAUAUGUAAAGACACAGUGAUUCAGUGUGUUAUAAUACAAUGGUAUUUUAUGUAUGCUUUGCCAAUAAGUGUGCCAAUAAUAAACUGUGUUAACAAUAAAAAGAAA